AUGGAUCCGCUCCUUGCGCUCCAUGUGCUGCUUUGCUCUCCUGAAUCGGUGAUUUUCAAAGCUGUUGCAUUCUUCCUUGAUUCGAAGCUCUGGUUUCGCCUGGCAGCUGUGGUGGCCUUGCUGGUCUUGCUGCAGCUUCUCCUGGUGGUGGGACAGUCGGAGGGGAACCAGGAGGAGUCACUGGCCAUUUCAGUGGUCUUCGCUGGCUGUGCGCUCACCAAUGUGGUGGCAUUCGCCUCCUUUCGCCCACAGGUGGUGGCACUCAUUGGACGGCGAGGGCUUCAUCCAGCGGAGGAGGUGCUGCGACGCCUGCGGCGGCUGAGCGUGCGGAGGGCGCCCUGCUAUUUGCGCUGGAUGGAGGUGAAUGACAGGACCUUGAUCCGGUGCUGCGACCUUGGAAUUGGCUGUGGUGUGCUGUUGGUGAUGUUGGUCCUUUGGCCGCAAAGCUUCGUGCAGACCUUGGUGCCCCUCAUUUGGCUGGCUGCUGGGUGGACUUAUCUCUCCUUGCAGGCGGUGUCGGGCGAUUUCCUGGGACUUCAGUCGGACUCCAACCUCGUCGAGGUCGACGCGCUGAUGGCGCUGUUGAGCAUCCUGGCAAGGAGUCAUCCCAGGCAAGCACUGCUGGUGCUUCGUUUCUUUGCAUUUCGGAAGAUGCUGGGAUGUGGGGUUUGCAAGUACUACGGCUCGCCAAUGUGGCAAUCCUUUGAUGCAUUGCAAGUUCACUACUUCACCCAGCCCUUGGUGAACCGACGAUCUCGUUGGGCCCAUGUGUGGCCGGCGGACUUCCAUCGCUUCUCUGUCUUGGCCACCUUCUUGGUGGAGGUGAUCCUGCCCUUUCUAAUUUGGUGCCCGUGGCCUUGCAGGAUCAGCGCAUGGAUAGGUUUUAAUUGCUUGAAUGCGAUGAUCAACACAACGGGCAAUUAUGGCUUCAUAGGUUUCCUCAACACCAUGGAGAAUCUCUCCCUGGUGGAUGACCGGUUCUACCAGCUUGUUCUAGGGGCUGAUGUGGAUGCUUGGCGACUGCCAAGGAGCACUGCCUGGCCAUUUCGUUUGGUAGUGGUUUGUGUUCUGAGUCUCUACGUGGUCCUGUCUCUCUUACCCUUGGCCCGUGCUGGCAAAGGCACGGUGGACCUGCGGACGCUUCGCCUGCCGGACGUGGUGACGGCGCGCUUGGAAUGGCUGGAGGCCUUGCAGCAACCCUGGAAGCUGGUGAACUACCAAGGCAAGUUCUCAGGGAUGCACGACUUUCGUUGGGAGCCGAUUUUGGAAGCGUCAACGGAUGAUGGCCAAUCCUGGCGACAAAUCCGUUGGCGAUACAAGCUGAACCAAGGUCCCAGGGAGUCUGGCGUUGUGCUUUGGCUGCACUUGCCUCGCCUGGAUUGGCGGGUGUGGUUUCUGCCCUUGGCGGCCAGGCGUGGAAAGGAGCCUCCAGCCUGGUACGUCAAGCUGCUGGAACGCUUGGCGGAGUGUGAUGAGAGCAUCUUGGAGCUUCUUGAGGGUUGCCCUUUCAGCCGUGAGGAGUUUCAGGACCCCGAGCAUCCGAAGAUGUGGGUGUCCAGCCGACUGGUGGCCUGUGAGGUGUCUCCCAAAGAGGACGAAUGCUUUUGGAGUUUUCGCCCGCUCAGGAAACAGACCACCAUGGACUUGCUCAUUAAGGAGGGAAGUCGCUGCGAUGCCACGAAACGCCGGCGCUUGGACUGA